ACCCCGUGCUUUAUUAUCGAGUAUUCAUUAUUUUGUUCCCAUACAAUUUCCAACUUACGGCACGGUCGCCGCUACUUUACGCUUCACCGAGUUAUCUUUUUCCCCUGAAGUUUCCAGAAGAACGUUGACGGUGACAGGCGUGAACGGUUGGCACUGUCUUUUUCGUCUCGGAAGAAUUGAUGUAAAAGAUCACGACAAGGUAUGUUUCGUAUCCCAAAAACAAUGCCUGUGACUACAGUAGUCACAAAAAAAUCAAAGCAAACACAUGCUUGUCUAUACGCAUCCUAUGAAUGUACGCAGUCUUGUCUGGAAGGAUACAAUUACUGCAUCAAACAUAUUCUUGAGGAUCCAAAUGCACCUUACAAACAAUGUGGUUUUGUUUAUAAUACCAAUGGUAGAAAGUGCCAAAACGCAGCACCAAAGUUGGACAGAAGAGAUAUUUCAUAUUGCACUGAACAUACUAGAAAAGCUCAGAUAGCACGUAUAAAAUCAACAUCCAGGCAUUCAUUACCACAGUCGCCUGAAAUGCUAUUACUAAACUUAAGUCACUAUGUUAAACCAACCGACUCAAGCACAGAAGACACAGAGGAUGAAGAAGGAAAAAUCAAAGCGUUGGAUCCUUUCACUGAGGUCGAUGCAUUCAGAGUAAAUGCAAGUGGAUGUGAUAUCUUAGACUAUGCUAGUUCUUCGGAUAGUGAUGUUGAACCUACAGUAGUGAGUGAUACUUUACGAGGAAGCUAUCUGGAUGAUAGUGAUAAUGAAAGUUUAUAUAGCGCACAAGAGGAUCCCUUAAAGCACGCAGGAAUUUUCACCGCCGAGGAGGUGAUAUACAUUGCAAGGGAAAAAUUGAUUCGGCUUCAAUCACUUUAUAUUGAUCAAUUUAGAAGACUACAGUACACUUUAAAAGAAAAAAGACGGAAAUAUUUGCACGGUCUAAAGAAAGAGAAGGAAACAUUGUGUAGCAUACAUGAUCAACCGAAAGAAGCUACGAAAGAAAAAAAUAUUUACGAAAAAUUGAAAGCUUUAAAUCGAUAUCAUAGACGAAGUGGAGUCGAGGCUAUAUUGUAUAGAAAAUCAUUAGAACGUAGGGCACAGGCAACGGAUGGACCUGCACAAAAAAUACCAAGUGUAUCAAAAUGUAUCUUCACGGAAGGUGGAGUGAAAUGUGGGGAAAGAACUCUUCCUGCUGCAAAACAUUGUCGUAAACAUAUUCUUAAAGAUCAACAUCAAGUUUUGUUUAAAGCUUGCGGAGCAGUUAGAGCAGAUAUAGAAUGUCAUGAGCCAGUGCCUGUAAUUUUCGAUACCAAUUGCGUGUUCCAUAUGAAUUUACCAGCCGAAUGUAAACUGGAGUCCAUGAAAUUUAAAGAAACCAUACCGGAAGUGCCAGAAAUGUCAAUAACAGAUAGUCAGUCUAUGGAGAUCGAUGUAGUAGGUGAAAUGCAAGAAAUCGAUCCAGAUGAUGAUAUGGCUGGGUUAAUGAGGGAAAUGAGUGAUGCUGCUCAUAUGAAGCCAGCGUUUAACGAAAGCUUAAAUAGCGAAGCUAGCACGGACACUGCGUUCAGUUUAUCAGCACAGAUGAGCGAUAAAGACGACCUUGUUUCUGAUUACCAGAACGAAGUCAUAUAACAUAAUAAGAAGAAAAUACUUGAAAAGUCUGUAAGUUUUACUACGAUUGUAUAUUAAGUGUUCUGAAACG